GCAAGCACACAGACCUCUCUUGGUGGAAGAUCGCGAAGAAGUGACAUCCGCCAGCUUUCACCCGCUCAGCAACAUGGAGGACUCGAGUAGUUGACGUUUCCUUAAACCUUCUCUUUUAAAGCUUUCUUCCGAUCACUGAUCCGUUUCGCAUAAAGUCUUCGGGUUUGUUUACUUAAACCAGUUGCGGCGCUCCAGCUUUCCGUUAUAAGAUGAAGUACAUAAUCGGCAUUGGCGGGGUAACUAACGGGGGUAAAACCACCCUCACCGAGAAACUCUACAAGAACCUGUCCAACUGCUGCGUGGUGCAUCAGGACGACUUCUUUAAGCCCCAGGAUGAGAUUGAAGUUGGUGAAGAUGGCUUUAAGCAGUAUGAUGUCAUCACAGCAUUGGACAUGGAAGCCAUGAUGAGCACCAUCUACGCCUGGCUGGACAACCCGGUGAAGUUUGAGAGGUCUCACGGCGUCAACAACACCUUGGACUCCGAGAUCCUCCCAAGAUCCAGAGAAGAUGAGGACUCCCAUAUUCUCAUUGUGGAGGGCUUUCUGCUGUACACCUAUGGACCCUUGAUCGAUGUUUUUGACCAGCGGUACUUUAUUUCCAUCCCGUAUGAAGAAUGCAAAAAGAGGAGGUGCUCAAGGAACUACGCGGUGCCGGACCCCCCCGGUCUGUUUGAUGGUCAUGUCUGGCCCAUGUACGUCAAACACAAAAAAAUGAUGGAGGACUUAAGAGUUGAUGUUGUGCAGCUUGAUGGAACUAUGUCUAAGGAGCAGCUGUACAACUCUGUGUAUGGAAACAUUAUCAAGAUAAUCUAAAACUAACAAAGAUCUGUUGAUCAGCUCUGAUGCACCAGGAGGAAGUCCUUUCGCAGUGUGUGCCAUGUAGACAGCGUCUGUUCGCUGCCUUCUAUGCUACAAGCUUGCGGCUUUUUUAUACUCUCAUAUUUAUUGCGUUUAUUUUCCUCCAAACACUAUUCAUGUUGGUUGCUCUGGAGAUGGUUGCAGAAAGCAGCAUUAAUCAAUAAAAUCAGAGGUCCUGCUAA